CUCCCGCCGCCGCCGCCGCCGCCGCCGUCACUGCUCCACCAUGGACCGUACCGUGCGCCAGCGGCGGGCCGAGGACGAGCCAGUGCCGUCGCACCGAUCAAUGUUCGAGGGAACCGAAAAGGACCACCAGAACGACGAAUGGCUGUCGCGGCGCGGCCGAAACAUGGUGCUGGUCAUCCUGCUCUAUGUGGUCGUGUGUACGGGCGUGUUUGUGUGGUUCCAGGUCGGACGACAGCCACCCAAGAUGCUAGUGCUCUCCAUCAGUGCACUGCGACAUGACUAUCUCUCCAAAGUGCCCUCGCGGGACGCGCCGUUCUUCACGCAUUUCCUGCGCUACGGCUCGCGCGCCGAGUACCUGUCGCCCACGUUCCCGUCCGGCGGAGUCGCUUCCAUGACAUCCAUCUACACAGGUCUGUACCCAGAGAAACACGGCGUCCUGGGUGAACACUUCAUGGAUCGCAAGCAGGGAGAGCUGAAGCUGAAGGGCCCGGCCGGCCACUCGGCUGACGACGCAGCCUGGUGGGGCGGCUCCCUGCCCUUCUGGAACUCUGCCGUAAAGCAGUGGCGCAAAGCGGCCCUGUUCAACGUCCCUGGAGGGUGUGUGCCGUUCGACGGAUACGCGCCGCACACCUGCACAGCUCCCACAGACGACGACGCCUUCAGUGAGAACCUAUCGCGCGCGCUGGACCUGCUGCUGAGCGAGGAGCACGCCUAUAACCUGGCAGUGGUGCACACGAACGUGCUCCGCCGCGCCGCCGAGGAGCACGGCGCCGACUCUAAGCGUCUUCUGGACGAGCUCCUGACCCUGGACGCGCGCCUCCAGCAGAUGGACCGCCAGCUGCUCGACCUUCAGAUGCGUGACAACGUGAACAUCAUCAUCGUCUCGGACGGUGGUCUCACUGAUACGGAGACGGCCGAGGUGGUACACAUCGACCGCUACCUGCCGCCCGAGGUCGGAGUCACCAUCGCUGGCAACGGCGCCGUCUGCUACGUCUACGCCGACGAGGCGCACCACGACCUCGUCUACGGUGUCAUUGGAAACGUGCCCGGAGCUAAAACCUACCGGCGCCACGAGAUCCCCGAGCGGUACAGGAUCAGCCACCCGGACCGCGCGCCGGAUGUCCUUCUGGUGGCCGCGCCGGGCUCGUACAUCGAGAACACGGCGCCGCUGACUGUGGCGGCCGCUGGAGGGUAUGAUGACACGGAGGGUAACGCGCCAGACAUGCGUGGAGUCCUGCUGGCGCGCGGGCCAAGCUUCAAGCAGGGGGUCGUGGUACAGCCCGUCAGUGCGGUGGACGUGUAUCCUCUGCUGACCGCUCUGUUGGAUGUUACCUCUGAGGUACACAGCGGCUCGAUGCUCCGUACCACCGACAUGGUUAACUGGUGAGGACAGACCAGAGCCAGUGACGUCAUAGAACCAAACGGUGACGUCACGAGCGGUAAAUUAGGAUGACAGGGUCGGGAGCGGACUGAGGACACAGGGCAAUUGGGAAGAAUGUGCGGUGGUGGAAUGAGAAGUCGCGAAUCGUGAUUUAUUUCGCCAGACUGAUUGAGAAGGGUGAUGAGAUCUUUGAAUGUCAGUGAGCCUGUGGUGAAAAUGGUGCGAUAUCUGACCUCCUGGGAUGGAAAGAGCAGAGCGAAUGUAUCCAGGCAGCGCACUGUGUCGCCGCUGAUUCGGUGCAAUGACAGAUGUCCCUGUCCCGAUGGCAAGCCUCCCUCGCUGUACCAGUGCAGUGACCUCUCUCACCUUCACACCCCUACCCUGCUAUGCGGUACCACCUAACCCGCUCAUUUCAAACAACCCUUACCAUCACGCCGCGACAACCAUGUCCACCGAGUGACGUGGCCGCUGUCGCUGAUCCGCCGCAUUGACCACGUGUAGACCCGCUGCACCAUCACGGCAGAUGCCGGUUCCGGCGCGGUGACGUGGCGUCGACCGCACGAAUCUCGUCUCGGUCAACCCCGGGCGCGGGGGGAGGUACACAGGGGGGAGGGGCGGCCGAGGCCCGCGCAGGACCGGUUACAGUACACGGGGAUUAGGAGGCGUCUUCCAAGCGCCAAAGGUGGCUUUGCCGGUCCGCGCCGGCCAGACAAAAACAGGCAGAGGGUAUCUGAUUCUGCUUCUUUUGAGUUCGUUAGCGCGAGUGUUUUUGCGUAAAUAUAUGCUAUCAAGAUUGA